AUGAUGUUAAGCUGCCUCUUUCUUCUGAAGGCACUUCUUGCUCUUGGGUCCCUGGAAUCCUGGAUAACUGCGGGAGAACAUGCAAAAGAGGGGGAAUGCCCUCCUGAUAAGAACCCAUGCAAAGAGCUGUGCCAGGGCGAUGAAUUGUGUCCGGCUGGGCAGAAGUGCUGCACCACAGGCUGUGGUCGGAUCUGCUGAGACAUUCCUAAGGGGAGGAAAAGAGAUUGCUCCAGGGUUAUUCGGAAACAAUCCUGUUUGAAAAGGUGCAUCACUGAUGAGACAUGUCCAGGUGUAAAGAAAUGCUGCACGUUUGGCUGCAACAAGAGCUGUGUAGUCCCAAUCUCUAAACAGAAGCCAG